AUGCCUCUACCUUUGAGUGAACAUGCUAGUCUUGAUGGUAAGAAAAAGGCCGAGGCUGUAAGACAACUUCAUAAGAAGGCACAUACGAACAUUGAGGAGCGCAUGAAGCAAUUUGCCAAACAUGCAAACAAAGGACGUAGGCAACUACUAUUCAAACCUGGAGACUGGGUUUGGUUACACAUGCGCAAGGAACGUUUUCCUGAGAAAAGGCAAAACAAGUUGAUGCCUCAUGGAGAUGGACCAUUUCAAAUCCUUGCCAAAGUCGACGACAACGCCUAUCAACUUGACCUUCUAGAUGAGUAUGGUGUUAGCUCUACUUUCAAUGUCGCUGACUUAUUUCCCUUUGAUGUAGGCGACAACUUCGAUUUGAGGACAAACCCUUCUCAAGAGGAGGGAACUGAUGAGGAACCGCCAAGAACUCUAGUUGUCGCUUCAAGAGGCUCGAGUGAGGUUCUAAGUGCACCAUCGAUGAACCUUGGACCGAUGACUCGAGCAAGGGCAAGGAAGAUACGAGAGACCCUUCAAACAUUCCUACAAAUCGUUCGUACAUGCGUAGGAGGGAUUCAAGAGAAUCACCACACAUUGGUGAACCUACUCCAAGCCCAUGAGGGAGCCGCGGGUGACUAA